GGUGCGCACCCGGCCAGGCACCGUGCCCGCUCGCGGCUGGGGCAGAGCCGGUGGGCUGCAGAGACACGGCCCGGCGGUGGCAGCGGCGAGCCGCAGCUGUCGCUGCCCCGCACUGUGCGGGCCCAGCGGGCGGCGCUGCCGGGCGCGAUGCGCUGAGCGCCCGGGGCCGAACGUGGGGCUCAUGGGCGCGCGAGCAGCAGAGCCCAUGGAGCCGGCGGGCACCGGGCGGAGCCUGCGGGCGCCCCCGCCGCUGCUGCUGCUGCUGCUGCCGCUGCUGCUCCUGCAGGUGGCCGGACCGGCGGGCACCCUAGCCGAGACCCUGCUGGACGCGCCCAGGGCCAUGGGCACUAGCUCCAGCCCGCCCAGCCCCGCGAGCGUGGUUGCUCCCGGGACGACGCCGUUCGAGGAGAGCCGGUUGCCAGUGUUCACCCUGGAUUACCCCCAUGUGCAAAUCCCCUUCGAGAUCACCCUGUGGAUCCUGCUGGCCUCCCUGGCCAAGAUUGGCUUCCAUCUCUAUCACAAAUUGCCCACAAUAGUGCCUGAGAGCUGCCUUCUCAUCAUGGUUGGACUUCUACUAGGUGGGAUUAUUUUUGGAGUCGAUGAAAAGUCGCCCCCUGCAAUGAAGACGGAUGUGUUUUUUUUAUAUCUCCUCCCACCUAUUGUGCUUGACGCGGGCUAUUUCAUGCCUACGCGCCCAUUCUUUGAGAACAUUGGCACCAUUUUCUGGUAUGCUGUGGUAGGGACACUUUGGAAUUCCAUUGGCAUUGGGGUGUCCCUGUUUGGUAUCUGCCAGAUUGAAGCCUUUGGCCUGAGUGAUAUCACUUUGCUUCAGAAUCUGCUCUUUGGCAGCUUAAUCUCAGCCGUGGACCCCGUGGCUGUGCUAGCUGUCUUCGAGAACAUUCACGUCAACGAGCAACUCUACAUCCUGGUCUUUGGAGAGUCCCUGCUGAAUGAUGCAGUGACAGUGGUGAGUAAUGUGUUGACAGUAGAUCACUCCAGCAAAAUCAUUGCUUGUGCAAUGACUAUGAAUAAGUAUGUGGAAGAAAACGUAUCUCAGAAAUCUUACACGACCAUCAAGUACUUCAUGAAGAUGCUGAGCAGUGUCAGCGAGACCCUGAUCUUCAUCUUCAUGGGUGUGUCCACUGUUGGGAAGAACCACGAGUGGAACUGGGCCUUUGUCUGCUUCACCCUGGCCUUCUGUCUGAUCUGGCGAGCACUGGGUGUCUUUGUCCUGACUCAGGCCAUUAACUGGUUCCGGACGAUCCCCCUGACCUUUAAGGAUCAGUUUAUCAUUGCCUAUGGGGGGCUCCGAGGUGCCAUCUGCUUUGCGCUAGUGUUUCUCCUUCCUGCUGCUGUGUUUCCCCGGAAAAAGCUCUUCAUUACAGCUGCGAUCGUCGUCAUAUUCUUUACUGUCUUCAUCCUGGGAAUAACCAUUCGACCACUGGUGGAGUUCCUUGAUGUUAAGAGGUCCAACAAGAAACAGCAAGCUGUCAGUGAAGAAAUCCAUUGUCGAUUUUUUGAUCAUGUGAAGACUGGGAUUGAAGAUGUUUGUGGACAUUGGGGUCACAACUUUUGGAGAGACAAGUUUAAGAAGUUUGAUGACAAAUACCUACGGAAACUUUUGAUUCGGGAAAACCAACCCAAGUCAAGCAUCGUGUCCUUAUAUAAAAAGCUUGAAAUAAAACAUGCCAUUGAGAUGGCAGAGACUGGGAUGACAAGCACUGUCCCUUCUUUUGCAUCUCUAAAUGACUGUCGUGAAGAAAAAAUAAGGAAGCUCACACCUGGUGAAAUGGAUGAAAUUCGAGAAAUAUUAUCAAGAAAUCUCUAUCAGAUUCGUCAGCGAACUUUGUCAUACAACAGACACAAUUUGACGGCCGACACAAGUGAGAGACAAGCCAAGGAGAUUCUGAUCCGCCGAAGGCACAGUUUGCGGGAGAGCAUUAGGAAAGACAACAGCUUGAAUCGGGACCGCAGGGCUUCCACUUCGACCUCCCGAUACUUAUCUUUACCCAAAAAUACAAAGCUUCCAGAAAAGCUACAAAAGAAAAAGAAUAUUUCUAAUGCAGGUGGCAAUAGCAGUGACUCAGACACAGACGCUGGGACCACUGUCCUCAAUUUGAAGCCCCGAGCAAGACGCUUCCUGCCAGAACAGUUUUCAAAGAAAGCUCCCCAGCCCUACAAGAUGGAAUGGAAGAACGAGAUGGACGUAGGUUCCGGCCAAGGGCAGCCCUGCAGUCCCCCGGCUCCCCACAGCAAAGAGGGGGGCACCCAGACCCCAGGCGUUCUCCGGCAGCCCCUUCUCUCCAAAGGACAGUUUGGCCUGGUGCGGGAAGACAGUGCGACUGAAGGUGACAGACCCAAGCCGCCACCCAGGCUGGUCCGAAGGGCGUCGGAACCUGGAAGCCAGAAAACCCGCUUUGGGAGUGAAAAGCCUUAAUGGAAAUGGCCAAAGCCGACCUGGGGGAAGGGGGGAGAGGGGGUGACAGACCCAGCACAGCUGUGGUUGUUACCCUGAAACCUGACACAACAGUGGAAUCCAUUGAAAACCCUCUAUGGCUCUAAAUCCUUUCUUUGGGAGAUAGAGUCACACCAUUGAUUAAUGGGACGAUUGCUUAUCCCAAGAAGAGGAAAACUCAAAGAAAAACAGUCCCAUCGGAUGUCUUUUAUAACUUGUUGCUAGCAGUUGUAGUCUUUGCAGGCCUACAGAAAAAAAAAAUGUGUGCCUUUAUUGAACUUGAACGACAGAACUUGAAAUUUUUAAUACACCCUUGUCGGUGAAAAUUUUAAUAUAUACACAUGCCUCAAAUCUUAUUUAUGAGAAAAUAUGUAUAUCUGUAAUCAGUUUUGAAGUAAAUGGCACUAAAAAUACUCAGAACAUCUUCCCAAGGUGUAAAGGGUAGUCCUGGAGGCUGGGGGGCCAUCAGCUCAGAGUCAAGGCAUUUCCUGACCCUGCGCUGAUGACCACUUGGUAAAGGAAGAGCGCAGCAUGGAGCAGAGACACCUGAUGACUCAAAGGGGGAGACAAGCAGAACCCCUAGACAGAUGAGGUGGCCUGGCUCCCAGGGUGCCGAGUAGAGGUCAUGCUACUCGUAAGGAAUAAUGAGAGUCAGCUGGUUUUUAAUUUGUUCCUCAUUCUACUGUUUGCUCAAGGUGACAUAGGGAUUCCAUCUCCUCUUUGUGUUUAAAUGCAAAGAGAAAGGCUGUAUGGGUGACACCAGCUUUUAGUGUGUGACCAAGGUGGUGGCAGCUCCAACGUUCCAACGUGAACGUUCCAACAUGGGGGCCUCAUGUGGUGUGUGGGGAGACAGGGCAGCCCUGCUGACCACUUGUUGGCAGGUUUGUAGUGUGUGACCCUGGGAGGAGGGUGCAGAAGAUUCAGGUUCUCACCCAUGUAGGACCACCUGCUCUGGAAACUGUUCUGUAGAACAUUCUAGAACUUUGAAUCCAGAUCAGAGGCUCUAAGCAGACAAGAUCGAAAGUUUCUAUGAACAAUAUUCCAGUGUUUAACAAAUUGGUGAUAGUUCAGGUUUUGAAUUUUAUUCAGGAAGCACUUUGGAGAAAGUGAGAAUUCUAUUAUUUUGCACUAGUCUGUAAGUUUGUUACCUUCCCCCCCCCACUCAAUAAAGUAGUAACUCCAAUUCUUCAUAUAAAAAUGGAUUCUACUUACCAAGUACUUUUUAAAAGUACAGCAGAAAGACAAGCAAUGGAACAUAAUUAUUAAAGAUGGCUUGAAUCUGUGUCUUAAA